CAGGGCUGAAAGGGACUCCGUCACUCCUCACCGUGACCCCUCGUUGUGUAGAAGCGGAGUCUGGGACCCGUGUCCCGCAGGGGCCGGAGACUGGCCCAAGGUCAUACGGCCCGGCAGAGCUGGGCUCCCUUGUCUGUUCUUUGUUUCAAAAAGUCGCAGAUCCUGCUCCCUGAGACCCAGGGUUCCACAGAUGCUUCUGGGAGAGCCUUCCCACCCUUCACCUACUUUGACCAGAGCGGCUGAGUCUCGCCUGGCCAGGCAGUGGACUCUAGAAGAUGAGGAGGAGCAGGAGCGCGAGCGCCGGCGGCGGCACCGUACCCUGAGCUCCGCCACGGACGACGAGGCCCCCAGGCUCACCCAGAACGGAGACUCGCCGGCGGCCGAGAGGCUGCCGAGCGUAGAGGAAGCAGAGGUGCCCAAGCCACGAACUUCCGUCUCCAAGGACGAGGACGAGGAUGAGGACGAGGACGUCCAGGCCAUCCUCCGGACACGGCGGGAGCGGAGGCAGAGGCGGCAGGCGGUGGAGGCGGCCCAGGCCCCUGGCCAGCCGGAGGCAGGAGCGGGAAGGGAGCCCUCUGGCCCGGGGCAGGCCAAGCAGCAGCCCCUCGGCCCGAGCGGGGAGCAGCGGGGCCCCCGGGCCGGGGAGGACGAGAGCCCGGGGGGCCGGGGCUCAGCAGGCGGGAAGGAGGAGGUCUCGGGGAAGCCGGCUCUGCCAGAGAAGACGUUAGCACCUGCAGAGAGACUGGUCUCGGCGGAAGCGAGCCGCUCACAGGAGGCCCUGGGCCCCCAGAAGACGUCUGCGCCCGAGAAGAGAGCCACCCCGGAGAAGAGGCCCCUUCUAGAAAGAACAGGUGUCCCGGAGAAGCCGCCGGCCCCAGGGAAGACCUCAGACCCGGAAAGGAGACUGGUUUCUGAGAAAGCGUCGCUCUUUGAGAAGUCUCUGGCGUCGGAGAAGACCCCGGCCGCCGGGAGCAAGCUGGCGCCGAGGAGGGCAGGGGGGCAGCCGGCCUCGGGGGGGUGCCAGCCUGCGGGGCAGCGGGGAAGGGCCCUCCCCGACGAGAGCCCCCCGUCCUCGGCCGAGCAGGGGGAGCAGCGGGCGCCCGAGCCUCCGACCGCGGCUUCUUCGCGCCUCCCGCCCAUCACACUGCAGGUGAAAAUCCCCAGCAAGGAGGGAGAGGUGGACACUCUCUCGCCCACCCAGGCUACCUACAGCAGCUCCCUCAGACGCUCCAGCCCCAGGACCAUCUCCUUCCGGAUGAGCCCCAGGAGAGACAACCCAGAAACAACCUUGACCCGCAGCGCCAGCAUGAGGCUCCCGGCUGGCACGGCCAAGCUGGGGGAGAAGCUGGAGAGAUACCACACGGCUGUCCAGAGAUCCGAAUCCGUCAAGUCUCCGGGCUCGUCCCGCGCGGAGUUCUUUGUGGCACCCGUGGGCGUAGCCAGCAAGCGCCACCUCUUUGAGAAGGAGCUGCUGGGCCAGGGCCGCGCGGAGGUGGCCUCCAGCCGGAAGGAGAACCUGAAGCUCUCGGGGGUGGUGACAUCGAGGCUCAACCUGUGGAUCAGCAGGACCCAGGAGUCUGGAGAGCAGGACCCCCAGGAGGUGGGGAAAGAGUCGGUGGUAACAAAGAGGACCCAGUGGGGACGGAAAGCAGACUCGUCCCUGGACGCCGAGACGUCUGCCCCGCAGGUGUGAUGGGCGCUGCCAGGACAGACCCCGCGAGCCUGCCCCCCGCCGCCUUGCUCCCUCUCUGCCUCUGGCCCAGGGCCAGGAGUGUCGGGGGGGGCCAACGCCUCCUUCCUGGCCGAGCGCCCCCUCGCCCCUCUGCACCGGCACAUCCGGGACCCAGGCUGGCGCAGGGCCCAGCACCCAGGGUGGCCUCCGCACCAGGCCGAGGUGGCUGCCGGGACCUGCUCAUCCAGGGCCGUGCACUGCUGUCUCCCUGAGCUCAGGGUCCCCUCUGCGGCCUCCCAGCAGGUGCCUCCCCGUGCCUGUGACGUCGCUGCCUCACCGAGGCCUGGGCGUGCGCACCUGGGCCCCGGGCCGCCCGGCGGACGGGAGCCCCUGCACCUGCCCUGCGCCCCGGAGCCCUGCUUUGAUUUCCUCUCCCGUCUUGGGCUGCGGCUCAGGCCCGGAGCGUGGGGCCCUUUCUGUGCACCCCUUCACCCUCCUGCUGCAAAAGCUGUUCUCAGGAAAGAGCUGAUAAACUCAUUCACUGCAUCCUGCCUGGGGAUUUGCUUUCCAGCAGGGUCAUCGGGGGCGUGUGAGGACGAUGGUUGUGACUGGACGGCGCGGGGGGAGGGUCAGCCCCCUCUUUCGAUCACGUGGAGGUGAGCUGCCCUCCAUCCCGGCAGGGUGACUGCACAGGGCCACGCGCCUGCUGCGCUCCCCCAGUGCCUUCUCCCCACGGCCCUCCUGUACCCCCCGAGGUCAUGGCCCAUGUGAGCGUGGAGGAUGCUGAGCUUUAUGAGAAUCUAGGACAAACCCAAGUCAGUCAGUCUGGUGCCCUGUCAAACCCCUUAGUGCUGUAAUCAAAAGAACAAAAAGUAAAUUGUGUGUGUGUGCGUGUGUA